GCUCUUUUCGACGUUUUGCUCUGUUAUUUGGCCGUGGGUGCUCCUCUAUUCCCAUCGCCAUCGGACUCUCUCCUCUUACAAAUUUUUUAAUUUUUUGUUUGCUCAUCUCUGCGUCGAGUCACUUCUUCUCUGCUGCUCCGAUUCGAAAAUGAGGACCAUCGUUUCGCGUUUGAUUCGUUACAAAUCGUCUCUUUCCCAGUCACGGUUCGUUUCUGCCACGAGUGGCGGGAGGUAUCUCUCGACGGACUCUAACAAAAUUGAUGAGCCCUUCAAUGUGGAAGAAGCUGAGACUGUACAUGUGCCUCCACCUCCAACCGAGAAGCUGCUUGUUCUGGGUGGAAAUGGUUUUGUGGGAUCACAUGUCUGUAAAGAAGCUUUAGAUCGCGGUUUAUCUGUCUCUAGCCUUAGCAGAUCAGGUAGGUCGUCUUUAAAAGAGUCCUGGGCUACCAGAGUAACAUGGCAUCAAGGAAACCUUCUAUCAUCUGAUUUAUUGAAAGAUGCUCUUGAGGGGGUGACUUCUGUGAUUUCUUGUGUUGGUGGUUUUGGUUCAAACUCAUAUAUGUAUAAGAUUAAUGGGACUGCCAACAUCAACGCAAUUAGGGCUGCCUCAGAAAAAGGUGUUAAAAGAUUUGUCUAUAUAUCUGCUGCGGAUUUCGGAUUAGCCAACUACUUGUUGAGUGGAUACUAUGAGGGAAAGAGAGCUGCUGAGACCGAGCUGCUCACAAGAUUUGCAUAUGGAGGUAUAAUCUUGCGACCUGGUUUUAUUUAUGGAACUCGCAGUGUUGGAAGCAUGAAGAUUCCAUUGGGAGUAUUUGGUUCACCCAUGGAGAUGGUUCUCCAACAAGCAAAACCGCUGAACCAGCUUCCGUUAGUCGGACCUUUGUUCACACCUCCGGUGAAUGUUGAAUCGGUUGCAAAAGUCGCGGUUAGAGCUGCCACGGAUCCGGUGUUUCCUCCCGGGAUUGUGGAUGUCCAUGGAAUACAGCGUUACAGCCAACAGAAAUCGAGAUAAGUCUGUCCGAAAAAGCUUGAGUAUGCUGUCUGUCGUUUUGUAGAGUUUGGCUGCUAUUUACGCUGUUGGAUUUUCAUGGUGGGAACGACAAUGUUUUCUCGUUUCUCUGACCAUAUAUUUCCCACAAAUAAAUAAAGAAGACAAGCUUUUUUUA